UGGAAUAUUCAGUUAUGAGAUUAACUGAAUCAUUCUCUUUGUGCCUUUGUUGAGAACAUCCAACCACUGAGAAACUAUUCUAGACAUAAAAAGAUUGUUUGGUACGAGUUCCAUAUUCUCAUAGAUGAUAAAAACGGAGCAGUUGAAAACGAUAUUUCGACAAAGUUUACAAAGAAUAGCAAACCACAAGGAUUGGAAACAACCAAGCUGCAUCAUUCUAUCCGGUGGUUUAGAUACUUCCAUUGUAGCUGAGGAAGGUGUUCAUAUAUUAUCGUUGCAAGGAGCCAUCACAACUAUAGCAACUCGUACCGCAACAGACGAACAAUGGGCCAUCAAAGUUGCCAUAAGAACAGGUUUGGAACAUCAUAUAGUGAAAACAGAUUUGAGGCAUUUGUUGGAUCUUUUACCACAAGUGAUUCGGAUAUUGAAGAGUUUCGAUCCCAUGGAGUUAAGAAACUCCCUUGCUACCUUUGCAGCUUUGAAACAAGCCUCGUCGUUGGGUUUUCGUUGUUGUGUGACUGGAGAUGGUGCUGACGAAAUCUUUGGAGGUUACAGUUUUACGCAUCAUUUAAGUGAACAAGAUUUUGUCCAACACCGAAAUGCAAUGAUAGCUAAUAUGCAUUUCUCCAGUUUUCCUAUGGCUCAGAGUUUAGGACUAUCUGUCUUUUCACCCUACUUGGAUCCUGAAGUGAUUGAGUUGGCCAAGAACUUGACCAAAAGAGAAAGUAUAGGAAACAAAUGGGUCAAUGGAAAAUAUCAAACGUUUGGAAAGUUAUUAUUACGUGAAACAUUUGGUGAGGUGACUUCUUGUUGGCGAAAUAAGGAUCCUAUUGAAGUAGGAAGUGGUACGACUGUCCUUGGAAAUGGAUAUUUUGAACAAUGGAUAGAUAAUCAGUCAUUCGUUCAACAAGUGGAUGAAAUAUGGAAGCGAGAUGGAGCGUAGAAAUAAAAGUUUCAUUCCUUUG